GGUCAACUGUAUUUAAACCUUUCACUUCGGAGAUAUUUCACUGACUGAAGACACAACUUUGACUUAACAAAAUGCAGACGAUUGUUAGAUUGGUGGUCCUGGCUCUAGCAGCUGUCAUUCAAGUCUCUCUUGCUCAAGAUGAAUAUUUCGUUGGAGACUUCAGAGAGCCGCCCGCUCAAGAGGGAGAGAUCAUUUAUGCCAACUCCGAAGAGAUCGAAGAGGCUUUCAACAAAUCACUCACCAACAACAAGAAAAACAAUGCGCGUGCUCUAGGAGACGACGAAAUCAAGAAACUCAGCGAGCAGCUCAGCGCUGUGGACUUUGAGACUGAUGUCGACGACUUACUUGAGGGUAUCGACGUCAAGCUGGAGACUGCUGAAGAGCUCGCGCGUAGUACCGACAUCAGUGAAGCGAACAAUUACCUGAGGGCUUACGCCCAGUCCAACUGGGUUGUUUAUAAGUGCUGCCCAAGAAAACAGAACUACCAAUGUGGGGUCAACACCCAACUCUUGCCACCUCAGCGGCACUGGCUCUACGGCUGGUGCUACCCUCUGAGGAAAAUCUUCAUUAGAACAUGCAACUGUGUACAAUGCUCAAGGUUGUGUCCUUACUGCAUCCAAGAAGGUCGGUGCCGACCUCGUUUCUCUCCGGUGUCCUACGUCGCCGUUUGCUGGAAGAAGUUCUGGCCCAUCCUCGUGCACCUCCAAACGGUGAUCCCAACCAGCUGUUACUGCGACGCCCCUGCUUGUUAGCUUGAUGACGUCAUCCACUGGGACUGAUACAAUUUUUGUUUUCAUUUAAAUAUAGUCUUUGAUUCAGAUAAAUAUAUAGUCUUUUAGUUUUGUUUACUUAUGUGUUAUAAUUAAUCCUAAGUGUACACUAAGCAGCACUUACGCUUUCUUAUUGUUUGAAAUACUGUGGGUUUUAUACAAGGAAUAAAGUUUUCUGCUAUUUCCAA